AUGCUUUUAUGCUUUGGGCUUGCCAAAAUAGAAAGAAUUUUGCCAAAUAUCAUCACGGGAUGUCGUAUUCAGAGGUUAAUAAAACGCCUUGGGGCCAUAUGGAAUCAACUUACAGAAGAAGAGAAAAAGCCUUAUAAUGACGAAGCUAAAAGGUUGAAAGAGCAGCAUAUACGUGAGCAUCCAGAUUACCGCUAUAAACCUCGUAAAAAUUCUAAACAAAGUAAAAGAUCAACCCCAAAAGCUAUUCGUCCUUUUCAUCAUAGUAGAAGUAGAAGAUGUUCAUCCCCAUUUGCCAUCACUUCAUAUUUUCAGUGCCCUUCUUCUGAUGCAGCCGGUUUUCUAAACCUACAUCUUAUGAACUCUUACCAGAGGAUAGCGCUGUAG